AUGAAUAAUCAAAAAGAUAAAAUAGUAAAUCUAUCACAUUUAAUAUUAAAUAAAAUAAUUAGUUAUUUAGAUGAUAACAUUGAUCGCAUUUGUUUCAGUUUAGUUUGUAAGAGAUGGUACAACGACAGAGAUAAAUAUUUAAUAUUCAACAUCGAUAGUACCGACCUAUUUACACUUAAUACCACUGAUUUUAAACAAUAUCAUAAGCAUUUCAAAUUACAGUCAUAUCAUAAUAUAUUUAUCAAAUCAAUUCAAUCAAAGACUGAUUGUUCGCUUUAUAUUGGUUAUAAAAAUUAUGAUAAUUUAGAUUAUCAUUAUGAUGAUCAAGAGUAUCUCUAUCGAUUAAUAUCAGAAUCACAAUCAGUAACAACACUAAAUGGAUGUAGCACAUUGAAAUAUGGAUUACCAAAGUCAAUCAGAUCGCUUACAUUUAACAAUUUCGAUGAACCACUAGUGAAAGGAUCACUUCACAAUUCAUUAGAAGUGUUAGAUUUUCAAGAUUUCAAUCAAGAGAUUCUACCAGGUGUACUUCCAGAUGGUUUGCGCAAACUUACUCUAAACAGCUAUCAAUAUGAAAUCCAAGCAGGGGUACUUCCGUGUGGUUUACGAGAAUUUAUCCUCACCUGUUAUGAUUUCGAAAUUAAAGCAGGUGUACUCCCAGUUGGUUUACUCGAAUUCUCUCUUGAAAGCAGUAUAAGCUAUCAAUACGAUAUCCAACCAGGAGUACUUCCAUUGUCUCUUGAAUAUCUAUCGCUUGAUAGUUAUGAAGCACCUGAAGACCCUGUAACAGUCCAACCACCACCUAGUCGAGUGGAUUUACAAUAUUCUAGCGAAUCAUGUUUACCAAUUUCAUGGUUACAAGCAAUAUCAUCACUUGCCAAGCUUCAAACACUUUCUGUUUAUUUUCAAUAUCAAGUUGGAGGAGAAGAUGCCACUAUAUUCAAUAUCAACUACCUCCCUCGAACUCUAAAAUCAUUCAACUUUAUAAUGUCAGGAACCGUAUUGAGAGGAACGUUUCCAACAUCAUUGAAAAAAUACUAUAUUGGUGUUUGUCAAUUUACUGAUGAAUUAUUCCCUCGCACAUUGCAAUAUCACUUGGCUUCAUUGGAAUAUGAAAAUAAGAUUCUUCUUCCAAUUCCAUCAAACAUAUCUAUCGAUGAAUUGAUAAUGCGUGGAGAUUCAAACGAACCAAAGAUAACACUACCAUCUUGUGUUAAAAAAAUCAAAUUCUAUCUAACAAAUACAAGUGGAAAGAUCAUUGAUUUUGAUGAUCAAUCCUGCGCGCUAAGAGAACUGCAUCUUCUAAAUUUCCAAGGUGGAUUACCUCAAGUUAAUCUUCCAAACACCAUUGAAUUGCUAGAUCUUGGUUGGAAUGAUCUCAAUGAAACAUUGCAUUUGGUACCCUCAUCAGUCAAAACUCUUAUCUUUAGCAAACAAUCUGAAAUCAAUAUCACCAUUCCAAAUAUAAUCAAGUCAAUCCCAAAUAUCAUUGGAAAAUUUGGAUUUUUUCACACACAAACCAUUAGAAAGUUGGAUGAAAACUAUUAUCUAAUGUAUGGUGACUAUGAAAACAAUAGAAAUAUAGUCUCUAGAGAAAAAUUUUAUAUAAUGCAAUUACUUUCAUUCUCUAGCUCUUUAUUUGAUAUGAAAUCAUAA